CUGAACAAGUUUGUUGCUUGGAGACAUUAAAUAAAAAUAAAUCAACGUGGUACACUCUUUCAACGAUGUCAACAAUAUUCAGAUCAAAAUCUAGAAAAGAUCUAGAGAUCUACCUCUAGCUAUAAUAUAAACUUAUUUAGAUUCUCUGAAUCCAAAAGUUCUGUUCAUAUCAAUCGUGGAGGAAAACAGCUAGAUCUAGAUGGCCUAGUAGAUCUAGCAGAUCUAUAGCCGAUAAUUUGAUAAUAAUUAUUAAUAAUUAUAAUAAAUAAUAGCUCGAGUCUUGACUAGAUCUAGAUCUAUCAACAAGAAGCAAACAAUGUCUCGUCUUGGAGAACUUCAAAAUGCUUACUUAAACAGUCUUAGCUCCUUAAAGCGAAUAUCUAAUAAAGGAAAAUCAGAUGAUAAAAAAAAUGAUGAGAGUAAAAAUGAUAGUACCACAAACACAAUGUCUCUACCGAAACCAAAUUUUCCAAUUACGCCCAAUAUGUUUAUUCUCUCUGCAUGCUUCUGGACCAUUAUGUUUGUUUUGAUUUAUGAAUGCAUUGUUUACGGAACAAUGUACUCAAGAAUAACAAUGGAAGCAGAUUUACACAGAAAGUGUCAGGAAAAAUUUGGAUCCGAAGAUGAAAAUUUGAACAAGGUUGACAAUUACUCAUUUGGUGUUGCUCAACCAUAUAUUUUUCGAUUGAAACCUGCAGCAAAAGCCAAGGAAGACUAUCCCAUGGAGACUACCACACUACCUCCAUUUGUAACAGCUGUGAGCACUUCAGAGUUUUUCCAGUUGCAAGGUCUCAUCAACCAUAUAAUGGAAGAUUUGAUGACCUCCCAAUCAGAUAUUAAGCUGCUUGUUUAUGACAUAGGACUAUAUAAAAAAGAACGAGAGUUGAUUGAAAAGUACUGCCAUUGCGAGGUUCGUGAUUUUCCAUUUCAAGAAUACCCCAGACAUGUGUCGGAUAUAACUAACUAUGCAUGGAGGCCAAUUAUGCUUCAGAUUGUGCUGGAGGAGUUUGGCUCAGCUGUUUACAUCGAAGCCACCACAAGAUUCAAAACUGAUUUGUCCUUAAAUUUUUUGAAAAGGCGCGGCUCAAAAGGUUAUUUUCUUUGGGAUUUGCCAAUUUAUACAUCACUUGUUUCAUACACAGCCACUGGCAUGUUUGAGUUCUUGGAUGAACAGAGAUGCACUUUUCUAGACACAAGCAUUCUUAGCUCUGAGGCCAUAGUGCUAUAUAGAACUGAAAAAACAUGGAGAGAACUCAUGAAGCCUUGGCUGAAAUGUGCAUUGAAUGAAGACUGUAUAGCUCCACAAUAUGCAACAUAUUCUGGCUGUUUUGAGUUGCGCCAUCCUCAUACAACUGGGUGUCACAGAUAUGAUAUGUCAGCACUCAGUAUAAUACUAAAUAGAGGUGUGCAAUAUACUGUGAGAUCAGGAAAAAUGAUUUCCUUCAGAUUAACAUACAAAGAUGAAACUAUUACAUUGUAUUUCCCAGAACAACCAUGGACUUACGCAGAAAUAUGCUUACUUAUUUUAUCACCCUUUUUAUUAUUUAUCUUGUACAAAUUUUUGUUUAAGAGAAGGAGAUGUAAAUUAUAAAAUAUUUUUAUAUUUUGCAAGGUUAUGUAGCUGCAAAAAUUGUUAAUGUAGAUAUGUGGUUUAUUAUUUCUUCCUGACAAAAUAUGUGAAGAAUGUGCUUAUCUUUUUUUUUAUCUGAUGGAGCUUCUGUAUAUAGUCAAAUAAGAACAAGAUUAGAGGCUGAGUGGUAAAGCAUUUGGCUUCUGAACUGGGGGGGUCCCAGUUUGAAUCCUGGUGAAGCCUGGGAUUUUUAAUUUUGGGAUCUUUAGGGCGCCUCUGAGUCUACCCAGCUCUUAUGUAUGGGUACCUGACAUUAGUUGGGGAAAAUAAAUGCAUGGUUGUAAUGCUAGCCACAAGACAUACUCGUUAACCACAGAAACAGAUGACUUUUAUAUCAUCUGCAUGGUCUAAAAGGGGAACUUAAGAUCAAGAUUGGCAUAUCUUCUUUAUUUAUUUUGUGUGUGCUGUUCUAUAUAAUACAAUCAUGAUUUGUUAUUAUAUUUGAUGUGGUAAUAUAAUUCUUUAUAAGAAUUUAUGUAUUUCUUGUUUGUGUGACUAGUUAUAGUUUAAGUUAAUUUUAAAUGUGGACUAAUUAAUUGUGUAGGCCUGUACAAGUGUUUAUAACCUUUUCAUACAGGUGGUGGGAGUCAUGGCUGGCACAUAGGUAAACUAAGCAUCCGCCUAAGGUCUCCAAUUGGUGGGGCAUCACACAAUACUGAAAAUAUAAUUUUUACAGAAAAAAAAUAGUUGGAGGUACAGUGUUUUAGUAAACUGCUUAAUCUUUUUUUUUUUUUCUAUUUCAUUUGGGGCCAUCAAAGUCACUCCCUUAGGGCCUCCAAUUAUCAAAGCUGGCCCUGUGGGAGUGCAUAAUUUGCAGACUUGUCACAUGCCGAUUUGAACUGCUGGAUAGCACCAUGUCAUGGCAGAAAUGUUGGCAAUAACUGUAUAAGUUUACCUCUUCUUUUUUUUUCCCUACUGUUAACUAUAUUAAGUCUAAAUAUAUAUUUAAUUAAUGUUAGUUCUAUUUCAGGCAUAUUUAAUACAGUUCACACAGGCCUCCCAUUUAAAACAAAAAUUAAUACCCAAAUAUCAUAUGUUGUUUUUCAGAAAAAACAUUAUUAAAUAGUUUUAAAUGUAUAUCUGUAUUAUAAUG